CACACGCCAGGAUCUUCCCACUCUACCUGACCGCUCUAUACUCGGCACAUCGGACACCCACGCUACUGUUCGUUCGUCCGUCCUGAGUGAGAGAAAAAGGAGGAGGAAGACAAGAAGGAGGAGAAUAGAAAUACAUACAGUGUGUGUGUGUGUGUGUGUGUGAGAGAGAGAGAGAGAGAGAGAGAGAGAGAGUGGGAGGGAAGACUGUCGCAGCUGUCCUCAUCCUACAGCGAGUGGAACUACGGCUCUCCGUCCGCUCUACUUCUCUCUUCUCCGCUCCACUCGUUCCUCAUCCACUCUUUUUCAGCAUGAAAGACCUGCUCAUAUCUGGUUGCUAAGGAGGUGAGAUCCAGUUCGGCGGAGGAGAAGGACGUGCACGCGGCAGGAAUUUGUUGCUAAGCUGCAGUCACUUCGUUGCGGAAGGAAAAAACAUGGACAGCAUGGCUCAGACCGAGCAGGAGCAGGAGCAGGAGCAGGAGCAAGAGCAAGAGCAGGAGCAAGACCAGGAACAGCAGGUGCCAGGGUCAACUAGGACUGUGGGGACAAUGGGCACAUCGGGGAGGACUGAUCCUGAAGAGGACUCACCUAACAUGAUCGUUUACAGAAAGAUCGAGGAUAUAAUCACCCGUCUCCAGGACGAAACCGACGGCGUUCCCAUCAGAACUGUCAAGAGCUUCAUGUCAAAGAUUCCCAGCGUGGUCACAGGCUCAGACAUCGUUCUGUGGUUGAUGAAGAAUCUUUUCAUUGAAGAUCCUGCUGAGGCUUUGCACAUUGGGAGUCUGAUUGCAGCUCAGGGCUACAUCUUUCCAAUCUCGGACCACGUGCUCACCCUGAAAGAUGACGGCACCUUCUACCGCUUCCAGGCUCCGUACUUUUGGCCAUCAAAUUGCUGGGAGCCAGAAAACACAGAUUACGCCAUUUAUCUGUGUAAGAGGACGAUGCAGAACAAGACUCGACUGGAGCUAGCAGAUUACGAAGCGGAGAACCUGGCGAGGCUGCAGCGAGCGUUCUCCAGGAAGUGGGAGUUCAUCUUCAUGCAGGCUGAGGCUCAGGUUAAAAUUGACAGGAAGAAGGAUAAGACGGAGAGGAAGAUCCUGGACAGUCAGGAGCGAGCGUUCUGGGACGUGCACAGGCCGGUGCAAGGCUGUGUCAAUACCACCGAAAUGGACAUCAGGAAGUGUCGCCGCAUGAAAAACCCACAGCGAGUUAAGAAGUCAGUUUAUGGUGUGGCAGAAGACACUCAGACACAGAGUCCUGUACACACACACUUGCAGCAAAGCAGGAAGGACACCAAGGAGGAUGUCGAAAAGGAGAUCUUAUUCCUGAACACGCAGCUGGACAGACACUGUAUGAAAAUGUCCAAAGUGGCGGACACGUUGAUGAGCUACACCGAGCAGUACCUGGAGUACGACCCGUUCGUGUCUCCUCUGGACCCCUCCAACCCUUGGAUCACCGACGAUGUCACAUUCUGGGAGAUGGAGACCAGCAAAGAUCCGAGCCAGCAGAGGGUUCGGAAAUGGGGCUUUUCUAUAGACGAAGCUUUGAAGGAUCCGGUCGGCCGUGACCAGUUCCUCAAGUUUCUGGAGUCUGAGUUCAGUUCGGAGAACCUGCGCUUCUGGUUGGCGGUACAGGAUUUGAAGCGACGCCCUCUGCAGGAUGUUCCCGCUCGGGCUCAGGAGAUCUGGCAGGAGUUUUUGGCUGAAGGUGCUCCGAGUGCCAUAAACCUGGACUCACACAGCUAUGAGAGAACCAGCCAGAACCUCAAAGACCCCGGACGCUACAGCUUUGAGGAUGCACAGGAUCACAUCUACAAGCUGAUGAAGAGCGACAGCUAUACCCGCUUCUUACGCUCCAGCGCAUACCAGGACCUCCUGCUGUCCAGAAAGAAGCCUGAAAGUGAGCAGGGCCGUCGCACAUCUCUGGAGAAAUUCACCCGCAGCGUGGGUAAGUCAUUGACAGGGAAACGUCUGACGGGCCUCAUGCAGUCGUCCUGACGGGCCCUGGGCCGUAAUUAACCUCGUUCAACCCGGAGGAGGAAGCAGGGAAAGUGGCUUGACGGUGUACACCGAUACAUCAGACGAACAGACCAUCUGCUUCACCUCGACGGCGUAGGCACAGACUCUACGGCAUGCAAUAAGUCAACGGAAAAACCUUACAAACUCGGCCUGUCUGUAUUUAACCUGAUUAUACCCAAACCUCAGAUAUGACAUUACGACUGAAGACGUAUACGAAUGCAUAUACGAACAUGAACUUUUUCUUUCUUUUUUGACAAAGGGAACAAAACUCA